AUGUUCGGAACUUUACACUGCAACUCGCCUACUAAGGAGGCAGAGUUUGUCGAGAGGCCAUAUGGGUCCCUUAACCCAGGAAUGAACUCGGCCUGUGACCGAUGCAGAGCAUACAAGGUCAAAUGCACUGUCAGUGGAAAAAGUUGUAGUCGAUGCCGGCGUUUAAAGAAGACAUGCAGUUUCACAUCAGUGAGGCAAAGAAGUAGCCAGCGAGUAUGCAAGACAGACGUCAACCCCAAACACCAGGAAUCACAAUCAUCGGACAGGCCUGCCCAACCGCAGACAUCACCGAGCCCUAAAGACAGCGGAAACGAGGGAGAAUAUUAUAUAAAGCAACGAGGCUCUAUAUCAUCAGGCCUCACAGACGGAAAUGACGGCAGCGAGAAGGGGGAUACACAAAUUGGAGACUACACAUCACACCAGCUCUCUGAAGCAUCAUCAUCAACAUCAACAUCCAGCCUACCAUUCCUCGCCGAUUACGACCAACAAGACGAUCUCUGCACGUGUAGUAUCCUGCCCUUCCCAUUCUGUUCGUCAAGCGUACACUACAACAGUCCAGGCGCUAUGGCACGGUCCAACAUCGGAACUCCCCAGGCCCUUCCCACACCCCCGGCCUCGAGAGACGAAACCCCACAACAACAGCUACCCAACAGCCAGUCACACGACCCACAAUUCGAUAUGGGCCCCAUCGACACAGAAUCGCUCAACAUCUCCGCCCUCGCAGCCUCAAUGUGCUGGUCGCAAGGCUCAUUUGAAAAACCCUGCCAAUGCCUCGCCGACGUCAUCUUCGCCCUCGAAAAAUUAGAAGCAAGCUGCAGUUCAGGAAGCAGGGCAGGACUCGACUCUAUUGUUGCCAACCAGAAAGAAGUCAUUGAGCUCUGCCGCUGCAUGCUCAAGUGCAGCAAUUGCAUGGCCAAGCGCGAAAACUUCGUACUCCUCGUAUUCAUGAGUGAGCGUAUAGUCGUAGCAUGCAGUCGCAUCGUGACAAUGUACUGCAUGGAAGACGGGGGUCUGCGAAACAACACGCACAACCGUGCCGACACUACUACGGUCGUACCCUCGCAGCUCGCCUGUCUACCCGGCUUACAUCUCUCCGGUACAACGACGGACAUGGACAUGGAUAGCCAGUGCCUCACAGUAGCUGCCGCAUCAGCGGCGUCGUCCUCGCCGUCGCGGCCGACGACACCAGGCUGGCAGCAACUGCUCCUCGGAGACUACAAGAUCAACUCAGCACUCGAGUGGGACCAUCUGGUCCGCGCGCUCAUAAACUUCCAGCUCAGGGCCAUCAAAGCCCUAUUGGGCGAUGUCAAAAGCAUAGGCACCAUGAUCCUAGGGGAUGCGCAGAAGGAGUCUCUAGCCCAUGCUGAAGCAAUCAUCCACAAGUUAGAACAAGACAUAUACAUAAUCUAG